AUGCUCAUGGAUCUGUUCUACGAGACGCUACCACCGCACGUCACGCGCAAGCGGCGGGUGCACUUCCACGCCUUCAUGAUCGAUGUGCACAAGCGUGUGCAUGCCAUGAAGGCCAAGCUCGGCGUGAACGGCGGCGACCCGAUCGCGCCCGUUGCACGGGAUUUGGCUAACGAGGCAUACGUGCUAUGCUUCGACGAAUUUCAGGUCACCGAUAUUGCAGACGCGAUGAUCCUUCGACAGCUCUUCGAACGUCUGCUCAGCCACGGUAUGGUCUGCGUAAUUACGUCAAAUCGCCAUCCGGACGAAUUGUACAAGAACGGCAUCCAGCGGUCAAGCUUCGUCCCAUGCAUCGAGCUUCUCAAGACGCACUUUGAGGUCACGGAUCUCGACUCGGGCACAGGCGAGCACCACACAUCACUAUCGCCGCAUCCCACGCACGCUUUCACAUGUCUACUACGACCCGCUCACGCCCGAGAACCGCGCGGAGCGGACCCCGUGCAGCGCAAUCGCGAGCUGCAGACUUGGGGCCGCAUCCUCCGCGUGCCCGAGAGCACCAGCACCGUCGCAAAGUUUCACUUUGAGCAAUUGUGCGGGCAACCACUGAGCGCGGCGGACUACCUCGAGAUCACGAAGCAGUUCAAGACGAUCUUCAUUCUCGACGUGCCGAAGAUGGGGCUGAACCAGAAAGACAUGGCACGAAGGUUCAUCACUUUUAUUGACGCUUACGGUGAUUCACAGACGAAGAUCUUCAUCACUUCUGAGGUCCCCAUCGCCGAUAUUUUCGCUGCAGAUGCGGAUGCAAAGAGCGGGGAGAUCUCCGACCACAUGCGAUCCAUGAUGGACGACCUGGGUCUUCCGGGAGAUAUGGUGAUCUCCAGCUCGAUAUUCAGCGGCGACGAGGAGCUGUUUGCGUUCGCGCGUUGUUGCUCCAGGCUGGUGCAGAUGGGGAGCAAGGAGUGGGCGGAGACUGCAGGGACGUCAUAG